GCUGCCAUGUGACGCGGUUGUCCAUCCACACAGAUGUGAGAAAACCCGGCAAAGCUCCUGUCAGUCAAGGAAACAAGAUUUCUUCACCAAACACUCCGAAUCUGAAGGAUCCUCCGGGAUGGAUAAAUUAAAGUCAGUUUUGAGCGGCGAGGAAGCGCGCAGAGAUGACCGAAACGUUGUACAGCAGCUGAACAAAGCCUCGACUUUAGGCUGGGGCACGCGUAUAAAGGGAUUCAUCGCCUGUUUCGUGGUGGGAGGCGGAUGCACAGUUCUGGGAGUGUGUGUGCUCUUUCUCCCUAAGAUUGGGAUCACCCUCUUCAUUGUCUUUUACACGUUUGGUAACAUAUGUGCUUUGUGCAGCACAAUGUUUCUAAUGGGCCCAAUGAAGCAGCUGAAAAGGAUGUGUGACAAAACAAGAGCGCUGGCUACCACAAUUAUGUUGACUUGCCUCGUUCUGACUCUCUGUGCAGCUUUCUGGUGGAAGAACUUCGGACUUGCUUUGUUGUUUGUUAUCUUGCAGGUCUUGUCGUUUACCUGGUACAGUCUGUCAUACAUCCCAUGUGUGAGGGAAGCAAUCACGAGAUUUCUGGCCAUGUUCAUUAAAUGAGCUCCGUAUUUGUGGUGAAGGUAAAGGCUGGACGAAGUGUUGAAGAAUGGGGCCGGUCUCUUAUUGAAGUUACUGCAGCGGCGAGAGUCUUCCUGCUGUUUAUAGGAAGCAGAAAAUGAAGCAGAUCUUCUAUUUAUUUUUCUCAGCCUUGCUUUGUCGAUUGGGCUGAUCUCUGGUUCUGUAUUUGAUGAUUGCGCUGGUUGAAUCCAGUUUAAUGAGUUUAGACUUUUUUUUUGUAAUAUGUGUAAAUAUUUGUAGUAAAUGAAUAUUUUAAAGCUCAUUAUUUCCACCUAAAGGAAAUAUGUGCUCACUUCAGCAUGUACAGUACACUCAAAAGAAAAUAAUAAUAUGUCAUGAUUUUUUUCCCCCCAUUUUGCUCUGACAUAUAAAGUAUUUUUAUUAAAAAUUCUAACUCAGUCAAAUUGUUUGGUUAUUUGAAUGUUAAUGUGAAGCUCAAAGAGUUCAUCAAAACUCAAAUUUCAUCACCAGCACACUGCACAAAGGUGUAACUUUUCUUAAUACAGGUGUGUUGUACCCCGCCUUUCGCCCUAUGAAUAAGUGGAAAAGACUGGAUGGACAGAUGGAUUUAUUUUUACUAGGAUCUGCCACUGAGAUCUAAACCUCUUUUACAAGAGAGACAUGGCCGACAUCACAACUGACAGCAUAUUAAAACUGUGGCAAACAUAAAAUGCAUCAUAUGCAACUCGAUGUACAAAUACCCAUGUUUGAGCUUUAUCGUUAUUAUCAUUAUGGAUUAUUAUCUGGCAGAUGCAUCUCUGCUAGACAGAUAUAUUGCUAUAGUGAUAGCAUGUUUUAAAGAAGAUUUUCUA